AUGAUAUUCACGCGAGGAGUCUCUCUGACGAAUUUCGUCAUUGCGACUUCUGCCCUGGGCUUCCAGGUCUUCGUUCUAUACCCAUGGCACGAACGGCUAGACGAGGAAUUCAGGCGGCUGAAACAGGAGCACCUUCACAUCCUGCACCAGGGCGAGGAGGUCCGACUUGGCGAACUGAAAGGAAUCAACGAACAGCUCAAGAAACUCGGCCAGAAGUGA